GGCAGUGGUGGCGGCUGUGGCGGGGUGGUGGAUUCCAGGAGCUAUAAAGCCUUUCUCUGCCCUCGGGAGCAGGUGAGGACUGCCCGCCAGAGUCUGUGUUCCAGGUCUUCUGACACCAUGGGCACCCGAUACUUCCUGGCUCUGUUUCUCAUCCUCCUGGUACUGGGAUUUGAAGUCCAGGGGAUCCCUCUGUCCGAGGAAGAUGGGGCCAACAGCACCUCGCUGCUCUCCCAGGUGCAGGACUCACUUUAUAGUUACUGGGAUACGGCCAGAACAACGGCCCAGGGCCUGUACGAGAAGACCUACCUGCCUUCCAUAGAUGAAAAAAUAAGGGAUGUGUACAGCAAAAGCAGAGCAGCUGUGACCACUUACGCAGGGAUUUUUACUGACCAGGUCCUUUCUCUUCUGAAGGGAGAUGAGUAACAGCUGGGCCCCCAAUCACAGGAGAGGGGACAGUCCAGACUCCAGCAACUCCUCGGCUCCCUGACCACCCCCCAACGCCCACUUCCUAGCAGCUCUCAGCAUCUUGCUCCCAACUUUAGCCUGAUUUCUUAUCAAUUAAAAACAAAAAAAGACGUU